GAUGUCAUUAGCAUAGCACUCUGGACGGGGAACCGAGGAAAGGGGCGCAGACAGGCACACUGGAAAUGCAGUAACAAGUUACUAUUGCGCAAGUGAUCUGCGAAUUAGGACACUCUGAAAUGAAAGGAAGAAUGAAAGCGUGACUGGGUGGUACCGAUUAUAUUAGUCCAGAGGAACCAGAUGAGUGUUUUGUAGAAAACGUGGGACUCCGCGUCAAAGUGCUGCACUGAUGAUUUGAUCACAGUUUGUAGCCUUCCAGUUGCUCUGGUUUCUGUAAGCGGGCAGUUGGGUGGCUUUUGACUGUGUAAAGAGAGUUUCUACGUCCUGAGCUGAAGAAUAUUAAACAUGACUGUGGCCAAUGCAAAGUCUGGUAAAGCCAUGCAGCAGGUUCUCGACAACCUCAAAGACCUGCCAUCAGGCACAGGAGCCAAAGAUAUCGACCUCAUCUUCCUCAGAGGCAUCAUGGAGAGCCCCAUUGUCCGGUCACUUGCUAAGGCCCAUGAGCGUCUCGAGGAAGUUAAGUUGCAAGCUGUGCGGGAUGAUAAUGUUCAGCUGGUCACAGAGAUCCUGGAUUCCCUCAACAACCUGCCAGAAAAAGAUGCUGCUGUUGCUGAGCUUGCCAAAAUCCUUCAGGAGCCUCACUUUAAGUCUCUGAUCGAGGCUCAUGACAAAGUGGCUGCAAAGUGCUACGAAAUGCCCCAUGCCGCAGUGAACAGCGAUGCCUCGAUGACGAGUUCACUUAUGCCCGCUGAUGCUGUCAGGAUGAUUGGCAUCCAGAAAAAAGCUGGGGAACCACUAGGUGUGACGUUCCGUGUGGAGCGGGGAGAGAUGGUGAUUGCACGGAUCCUGCACGGCAGCUCGAUUGACAGGCAGGGCAUGCUGCACACAGGGGACAUAAUCCGCGAGGUGAAUGGUCGUGAGGUCGGCAGCAACCCCAAUGAACUCCAGGAGCUGUUGAGGGACUGCAGUGGGAGCAUCACACUCAAGGUCCUGCCCAGCUACAGAGACACACCGGCACCUCCACAGGUUUAUCUGAAGCCACACUUCAACUAUAAUCCGGCCACAGACAACUUGAUCCCCUGUAAAGAGGCAGGAUUGGCCUUUUUCAAGGGAGACAUCCUCCAUGUAGUCAACAAGGAGGACCCCAACUGGUGGCAGGCACGGAAAGUUGUUGGUGGAGCCACUGGUCUCAUCCCCAGUCAGUUCUUGGAGGAGAAGAGGAAAGCUUUUGUGAGAAGAGACUCUGAUACUUCUGGUACAGGCAUGCUCUGCGGAACUCUAACUGCGAAGAAAAAGAAGAAAAAAAUGAUGUACCUCACUUCAAAGAAUGCAGAAUUUGACCGCUAUGAGCUGCAGAUCUAUGAGGAGGUAGCCAAGAUGCCGCCGUUUCAGAGGAAAACACUGGUUGUGAUUGGAGCUCAGGGAGUUGGGAGGCGGAGCUUGAAGAACAGACUUAUUGUCAUGAACCCUCUGCGAUAUGGAACCACUGUACCCUUUACGUCACGCCGCCCGAGGGAAGAGGAGAGAGACGGCCAGAACUACUGCUUUGUGAUGCGGGAAGAGAUGGAGAAGGACAUCAAGGAGAGCCGUUACCUGGAGCACGGAGAGUACGACGGCAACCUUUAUGGCACCAAGAUCGACUCCAUCCAUGAAGUGGUGAACGCAGGUCGCACCUGCAUCCUGGACGUCAACCCUCAGGCCCUGAAAGUGUUGAGGACUGCUGAGUUUAUGCCAUUUGUGGUGUUUAUUGCUGCUCCUGAACUGGACACACUAAGAGCUAUGCACAAAGCUGUGAUAGAUGCUGGACUUACGACCAAGUUACUCACGGAGAACGAUUUGAAGAAGACUGUGGACGAGAGUGCCAGGAUCCGCCGGGCAUACAGCCACUACUUUGACCUGACUAUUGUCAAUGACAAUCUGGACAAGGCCUUUGACAAGCUUCAGGAGGUGGUAGAGCGAUUAUUCAUAGAGCCGCAGUGGGUUCCAGUCAGCUGGGUAUACUGAUGUUGACCACCCUGACUGGACAGACAUGCUGUCCGAGCUCCUGGGCCUGGAUUGAAAGGGGACACCUGAAGGGAAGGAGGAUCUAACACUGUACUUCACAUACAAAGUGUUGGACAUCAGUCCUGUGUGAAUUUGGGUCUCGCACAAAAAACUGCAUCACAAAGCUGAGUCACCUUGAUCUGAAUUUCCAGAUUCCUCUCUAGCACACUAUGCAACUCACAACACACAGGAAGUGUACUUAUUUAUUGGCAUAAAUAUUUUUUAAAGAAUACUUUCUAUUCAUGUGGGAUUGGAAGAAAAUACUGGCCCCAGUGUCAGUAUGUUUUAAAAGCAAAUGAGAUUUUUGUCAUGUCCUGUUUUAAUUUUACAUCUGUAUGUAUGAUAAUGUAUUUAUUCUGCAAAUUGAGGAGGGCUUGCUCAUCGAAAAGAAUGAUACCUCAGUGUCACAGUUUACAGUGCAUAUGCCUCCAGUAAUUCAUCUCAUUUUGUCGCUACUGUACAAACCUUCAAUCUACAAACUCAUUCAUGUAGUAUAGUGUCAUAUUUUUAAGACCUUUUCCCUCCUCAGGGCUACGUUUAUGCCCUAGUGUCUUUUGCAGUUGGACCUCAUAAAUGGGAAAUGUCAUGCCAGUCACUGUUUGAUGUACAGAAGGAAGAGUAAUACUGUAGUGUUUACCCAUUAUUUCUCUUUCACUCAAGCACAACAGAUUACAUUAAUUAUGUUGAUUGUUUGUCAGACAUUUGGAUCAUGCUAGUGUUUCUGGCCGUUAGACGCGUCGAUAUGGUGCUGUGUUCGUGUUUGUUUGGAAGAAAGAAAAACUUUCCACAGGACUCUUGAACAGGGUACUGCAUCUCAGUGAACCAUCCCUUUUGAUGUGAUAUUACUAAAACUUAACUGUUUUAAAUAAAAUUCAUAUUGACUUAUAAAAAGGUAUAUUUUACAAGAUUUCAGAAAAUAUGUAUUUUCAGAUGUCAAAUAAAUAACAGGUGUUUUCUAAUGA